CGAAAGUCGACUGAAUCACCCCCCCACCGCUAAGCCACCCAGAAGGCUACUCUAUUGCAGCAGGCCAGCAGGCCAGCCACCUCGCCUGAGGGAAAAGGAGAAAGGAAGCGAUCAGCUAGAUACUGAGGGUGUCGAUAAACGGACAGGGACGGACCCCAAGCAUCUUAAUGAUAAAACCAGAGAAUGUCCAAAGUAAGACGACACGAAGGUGAGCACAACUCACGCAACCUCAUCGCUCACACGCAUGGCCUGCACCCGAACAACGAUCGCUCUCUCCUGGCCUCCCGACGCACAGACAAGCCUGCCUGCCUGCCUGCCAUCGAUGCCACCCUUCCUGGCAACAUUCAGGCCACCUCGUCUGAGGGAACUCAACAUUACAGGUGAAAAGCGGUCAUAAAGGCUUACAUGCAGCCUCUCAUAACUGUGUGUGUCUGUCUACCCCUCCGCCCCCUCCUCCCCACUGUCGCCCUCCAGCUGGCCGUUCACCUCACCCUCGCCCUCGCCAUCACUGUCACAACUGCUGCAGAUAUCAUCAUCCGGCCCGACAUUCGUCUCAACCUCGGCGGCCUGCACCACAUGCAGCUGAUACAGGGCCAGCAGACGCUGCUCGUCGAGGCGAGUCGGGAAAUGGCUGAUGAGAAACACAAUUGCCUGAAUGAACGAACAGCACUCCAUACGCCCCUUGGCCGACAAAAGUGAGUGCCUUGCGGGUCGGUCACCCGAGAUGCGAUGCGGAUGUCAUUGUGCGACUGCAGCUCGGUCAUCUUGUCCACACCGCCGGCCUGCGUGAAACGGAAUAGAGGACAACCGUGUGAAUGGUGUCCACAAUUCACACGGCUGUAGUCCUCUAUUGUCUCUCUUCUUCCCUCACCUGUUCUACUAGAGUGGAGUAGGGGUUGUCGGGGAGGCCCUCGUUGGCCUGCUUCUGAGCACCCGCACUGCACACAGGGACACAACACAACACAGCACGUGAUAGGUGAACGCAAUUGUGUGCGCUUGGCUGGCCUUCGCCUGCUACCGUAGUAUGUUGUCGAGUGCCUUGUAUGGUCUCGAACGCCAUUGUGGACACCAUCGAGUGCGUCGCAGAGGGGCUGGACGCCGCCACACUCGACCACAUACUCAACCUGAAGAAACACAUGGACACACACACCCAGACAGCCAUGACAUCUCAGCAAACGUUUCGCGUGUGGCCUACACCCGCACCUGAUGCUGCGACCCUUGGGCUACGUUUCCGACGGCCCCUGCUGCUAUCUCCUUCAGGGUGGGAUCGGUCUCCUCGCCGGCCGCCAGGUCGACCAGCAGAGGCACCAGGUCAGCAUCGAUGACAGCCUGGACGUGGGCAGUGCUACCUGCAUCCAAUUGAUCCACACCAAACAGCACAGCACCCUGUACGUGGCGGGGUGGCCUUACCUCGAGUCACGAACACCAUCGUUAUGCAUGCGACGGCUUCCAUCACCGGCUCCCCCAUCUCCAACAAUGGCUUGAGCGAUCCCACGGCGCCACACUCGACCAACGCGUCACGGUCGGCAUUGGUACCUGAGCAUCGAUACAGUGAGCCAUGCAGCCGAUGGUUGCGGCUCGUGCCCUCCCUCGUGUUUUUUGACUGACCUUGACCCUCGUGACACAGUAGCCCAACAGACGCCAAUGCCGCUCGUGCGCCCCUUAGCACACGGUCAUCCUGCUGAGGUGCGGCGAUCAGGCUGACCAGGACCGGCAGGAAGGGCGCUAGCUUGCCCAGUGGAGGGAGGGGCUGGACACUCCACACAUCGCACAGCAAGUCGGCCCCCAAGGCCAGCACGUCAGCGUUGGUGCUCUCCCGCAUCGCCUUAAGCAGCGGCUGCAGGAUGCCGGCGGCCACCACGGCAUCGCGAUGGGUCGCCGAUCCCUUCGUGAUCAUGCACAGCGCAAAAAUGGCCGUUGCACGCACAUCGUCAUUGGGUGACGACACGAGCUGCACGAGAGGCGGGACGGCACCGGCAUCCACCACCACCUCAUCGCCAUGAUCCAGCGCCAGCACGCCGAGAGCGAAUGCUGCCGGUUUCUGCACCUCCUCGCACCCAUUCAGCUGCUCGACCAAGACAGGAACCAGGCCGAUAUCGACAGCCUUCUGCUUCAU